GGUUCUUCCAUUCAUCUCCCAGGUCUAACGGAGCUGGUUCAACUCUCCUGCGGGGAUUGCAAGGCACAUUACGACAUGGUCACGACGUUGCUAGCAAAGCCACAUCUUCCAGAUCUCUCCGGUAAGACACCAAGACUGUAAACACUUUCCACUUGUUCAUUAAAGUAUUGAACAUAUUCCAUCCUUCCUAGUAGUGCCUCACACCUCAUGAUGCUGGCGACAUGCCUUGCCUGUGUGUGCCUCCUUCUGGCCACAGCAAUAAAAACAUCAGCCUCACCCAUCCACCGAGAUCAAAAGAUCUUCGAAUUCCCAGACGCGACCAUCAUCGAGCCCGACCUCUCCCAGACGUCAGCUAUUCGAGAUACACUAAUCGCCAACAAGAUCAUUGGGGAUGUUCUCGAUGAUUUCGAGCCCUCAUACUACAUCGAAAUUGACUAUCCGUCCACUCAUGACAAAGUUGUUCUCGGCAACGACAUCCCUGUGGACGCUGUUUCGGAGAGACCUGUCUUCAACUUCUUCUCAAUGAAGCCUUCCUCCGUUGAAACGAUGAACUCGACGUUCACCCUCGUUCUCACUGAUCCCGAUGCAAAGUCCCGCGACAAGCCCAAAUGGAGUGAAAUGUGUCAUUGGAUCCUAACCAAUUUGACGACACCAACCCCUGGGCCACCUCCGGGAACCCUCCACGCCAAACCAGGAGAAAUCAUGGAAUACCUGCCUCCAGGCCCGCCGCCAAAGACCGGAGCUCAUCGUUAUGUGUUUGUCCUUUUGGCAGGAGACUCGUCCAACCUGAAGGCACCCAAGGACCGUAAGCACUGGGGUUAUGGUAAGGUUCGACACGGGGUGCGAGACUGGGCCGAAGAAAAUGAUCUGAAGGUGGUGGGCGCCAAUUUCUUCUUUGCACAAAAUGAAAAGCAAUAAAAGCUGGACGGUCAUGAUUUUGUUCCCGAUCUUGUACCUGUACUCAUAGCACAAAAUUUUCAUCGAGCCUGGUAUUCUUCAGGAGGCUCAAUUCCGCAAGACUUCUCG